CUCUCUCUUGACUGCUUCUGACCUGAAGCACUUAGUCGUGUCGUGCUUCAAGUAGUAUUGCUCGGACCAUUGUUCGGGCGGCAAUAUUCUUUCCCACAUCGCUUCGGAGAUAGGAGAUUUUUUACCGGCUUUGGACUUUUUUGGGACCUGCCGUGUGAUAUCAUUCUUGCACGCUGGGUGUGGAUUGGCUUUUUGCAGGCAAAAUUUACGGAAAUUGUUCCUGAAGAUGUCGCGACACGAUUCUACUCGCUCGUCCUUCUCGUCCGACGAUGUGGACUCGUCCGACGCCCACGGCGCAUCAUCGAUGCACCCCGACGAUCCCGCCGCAUUGGAGAAGCAGACCACGGCGGCCUCAGGAUUGUCGGCAUUCGAGAACCGCGCGCACUCGGUGAUUUCGCGCAUUCGCAGUCGCGAUCCCGGCCAAACCGCCCGCUUCACGCAUCCGUUGUCGCAUACCAAAACCUCCGAGGAUGUGAUUGUCGACUUUGAAGGGCCCGACGAUCCGUAUCGGCCGAUGAAUUGGAGUUUCCGCAAGAAGGCCAUCACAACGCUGCUGUAUGGGUUGACUACAAUGGGUGCGACUUGGGCUAGUUCGAUUUUCUCUACGGGCACCAAGCAGGUCGAUGCGGAGUUUCAUGUUGGCGAGGAGGUCGGCACACUGGGUACCACGCUGCUGUUGUUCGGAUUCGGACUGGGCCCUCUUGUAUGGGCUCCGCUAUCGGAGGUGUACGGACGCAAACCGGCCGUGCUGGCGCCCUACUUCAUCGCAGCCAUCUUCUCCUUCGCGACAGCUACAUCCAAGGACCUCCAAACCGUCAUGCUGACCCGCUUCUUCUGCGGCUUCUUUGGCUCCGCCCCCGUCACCAACACCGGCGGCGUGCUCAGCGACAUCUGGACCGCCGAACAGCGAGGCGCCGCCAUCGUCGGCUACGCCAUGGCCGUCGUAGGAGGACCAGUCCUGGGUCCCAUCGUCGGCGGCGCCAUCUGCCAGAGCUACCUCGGCUGGCGCUGGACUGAGUACAUCACGGGAAUCAUGAUGAUGCUCUUCCUCACGCUCGACCUCACCUUCCUCGACGAAAGCUACCCGCCUGUCCUCCUCGUCUACAAGGCACAACGCCUCCGCUUCGAAACCGGCAACUGGGCCCUCCACGCACGCCACGAAGAAUGGGACGUGACCCUCAAAGAACUCGGCAACAAGUACCUCAUCCGCCCCUUCGCCCUCCUCAGCACCCCCAUCUGUUUCCUCGUCGCCAUCUACGCCUCCUUCGUCUACGGCAUCCUCUACCUCAGUCUGGCCGCCUUCCCCAUCGAAUUCCAAGAAGUCCGCGGCUGGAACCAAGUCGUCGGCGCGCUGCCUUUCCUCGCCUACCUCGUCGGCAUCCUUUUCGGCGCCUGCAUCAACCUCCUCAACCAGAAAUUCUACAUCGCCCGCUUCAAAGCAAACAAUAACUUCCCCGUCCCCGAGGCCCGUCUCCCCCCAAUGAUGCUGGGAUCUAUUUUCUUCGCCGCCGGCCUCUUCAUCUUCGGCUGGACCAGCCCGCCUCACAUCCCAUGGAUCGCCCCCGUCAUCGGAGCCGUAUGCAUCGGCUUCGGCUUCUUCACCAUCUUCCAAGCAGCCCUGAACUACCUCAUCGACACUUUUCAAAAAGUAUCCGCUAGUGCCGUCGCUGCAAACACCUUCCUCCGGAGUCUGUUUGCAGGUUGCUUCCCCUUGUUCGCGAACAUCAUGUUCCAUCGUCUGGGCGUGGACUGGGCAUCCAGUGUAUUGGGAUUCGUGGCCGUCGCGUUGAUUCCAAUCCCGUACUUGUUUUACAUUUUCGGGAAGCGCAUCCGCGCGAGAGGCAAGUGGUCCCGGGCUUCGGUUUAUGGCUACUGAUCCAUACACUUACCUUUACCUUCCUUUACCCUUGAGACAUUGUCUCUUCGGAAGUAAUAACGAGUGCGCAACGCGCAUAUACCCACCUACCCACCCUGGAAAACCCCCCCCCCCCACCAAAAGGGGAAGGAUAACCCUCACCAGGCCGAAAAAGUUUCUUCAUUUCAUUUCGCUAUUUCGUUCGAGAUACCUCUGAUCUAAUUGUUGGGUUUCACGCAUACGCCUGCAACGGCCGGGAUGGAUAGACAGCAUGAUUUACUUUACUUUACAUAGCUUACGAUUAAUGUCUAGGAACUUAACAUAUAGAUGGGUUUGAUUAGGUAAUAGAUAAAUAGAC